AUGUCCGACUCGAAACUCAUCCACGGGCUCGAGGUGGCCAAACACGCCUCCCGCUCCUCCUGCUGGGUUGUGGUCAACGGGCACGCGUACGACGUGACAGACUAUCUCGACAAGCACCCUGGCGGGUCCCAGAUCCUGCUCCAGUACGGCGGCAAGGACGCCACGUCGAUAUACGAACCCAACCACCCCAAGGGGACGAUUGAAAAGGGACUCCCCAAGGACAAGCACCUGGGGCCCGUGGACCCGGCGACGGUGGCGACGCCGCAGAAGCCCCAGGUUACGCGCGACCUGGACAAGACGGCGCGCAUCCCGCUCUCGCACUGCGUCAACCUGGACGACAUCGAAAAGGCCGCGGAGCGCAUCAUCUCGCAUUCGGCGUGGGUGUACUUCCGGUCGGCGGCCGACGACCUCCGCUCGCUCGCCAACAACCGCGACGACUGGAAGAAGGUGUCGCUGCGGCCGCGGAUCCUGCGCAACGUGCGGCGCGUCAACAUGCAUCGCACGAUGCUGGGCCGGAAGUACAAGCUGCCGUUCUUCAUCGCUCCCGCCGCGCGCGCCCGGCUGGUCCACGAGGACGGCGAACUGUGCAUCGCGCGCGGCGCCGCGAGGGCCGGCAUCCCCUACUGCCCGAGCACGUACUCGACGGUGCCGCACGACGAGCUCGCGCGGGGCCACGCGGCCACGACGGCCCAGCUGCACGACGACACCAGCACGCUCUGGUUCCAGCUGUACGUGGCGCACGAGAAGCCGCGCACGCUCGAGCUGAUCAAGAUCGCCCGCGACAACGGGUACAAGGCGCUCGUCAUCACGGUCGACUCGCCCGUGGUCGGCAAGCGCGAGGACGACGAGCGGUACCGCGCCGAGCUCGCCACCGCGUCCGGCGACACCAGCGUGCUGACCGAGUGGUACCGGCCGCAGACGUCCGACGACGGCCCGCCGCUGCGCGGCCACCACUCGUCCACGCUCGACUGGGACGACCUGCCCUGGAUCCGGGAGGCGUGGGCGGGCGCCGGCCCUGUCGUGCUCAAGGGCAUCCAGUGCGCCGAGGACGCCGCCCUCGCCUACGACCACGGCGUCGACGCCAUCUACCUCAGCAACCACGGCGGCCGCCAGUGCGACGACGCCCCGAGCUCCCUCCGCACCCUGCUCGAGAUCCGCCGCUUCUACCCGCACCUGAUCGGCAAGAUCGAAAUCUUCCUCGACGGCUGGGUGCGCAGGGGCACCGACAUCAUCAAGGCUUUGUGCCUGGGGGCCACCGCGGUGUCGAUGGGCCGACCGUUCAUGUACGCAACCGCUUACGGUGACGAGGGUGUGAUGAAAGUCAUCCAGUUACUCAGUGAAGAGAUAGAGACCACCAUGAGAAACAUGGGCGUGACUAGCCUGGACCAGCUGAACCCUUCCUAUGUCAAUACCAAAAUCCUAGAAAGAGAGUUGCCCGACGACCUGCGAUUUGAAGCAGAAUGGCCUACCUUUAAGCCAAAGUUAUAG